CCUCACCGUUGUCGUUGUGCGCUUAUGUUAUUGAUGCGCGCGCAACAUAUCACCAUGUUUCGGAGCGAGAAAGAGUUAAAGAGAGAAAAGGAAAGGAAAGAGUGAAAAUGGCCAAACUACAAUUGGCUAGAGAUAGUCAAAUAUCCCUAUAUCACGUUAAAGAUGCGACGAGGAAUAACGUCGCGUAUAUGUAUCCAUUACUACCACACUAAAGGAAUCCGUUUCUGCAGAUCUGCAAGCUAUUGCAAAUUUAACAUUUUUUAAAGGAUUAUAACGUACGUUAUGCUGUGACAAUCAAAAUGUAAUAUUAAAUUUUUACAACUUAAAUGUAACUUGCUGCAUAUAGUAGUCAUUUUAAUAGCGGGCUUUGACUUUUUGUUUGUUUAACAAUAACAACACUAGUUUGCGAUUGUUGCGUAACUCCAAUACCUUACUAAAUUUUUAAUACAAAACAAAUAUUGUUUGACGGUAUUUUAUGAUCCAGACUAAGCUUGAACCGUAAAAUAACUUGUAUUAUAUUUGCUCCUGAAUUGGACAGCCGAUAUUUGAGAAUAUGUCCUAAAAUUGGCACUACUUACACAGUAAACCUCAAUGUUACCAUCUUAUUCUGUAUUUACAAAUUCGCAGAUAACUUAACCUCAAAUAAACACACUUUCCAUGUGGAUAUGUUUAGUAAUUUAUCGUGAGGAUUUGGCUUGUAAGAUGAUACAAAUUUGUAUGUAAAACAGUAAGAAAUGCCACGUGGAAAAAAAUUUUCUCGUUCUCGGAAAGAGCCAGUGAAACGAAAGCGGAAACCAAAAUUCAACAUUAGAACUACUUCUUACAUCAAAGAAAGAGAAGCUAAAAAUGAAGAAAUUGAAAAUCGUCGCAAAGUUCUUGAAGAAUACAAAACAAAGCAACAAAUGUAUUAUAAUGAUACAUCGUCAGAAGAAGAGGAAGAUCCAAUGAAUGAUCUUCUUAAAACAUUUUCCGAUAACAAAACUUCUAAAACAGUCUCUGUAAUGUCUGAGUCUGAAAGCUCAGAUGACGAAGAAGUAGAAGAGGGUUUAACAAAACAUAAGUUAAUGGAUGAAAAUGAACAAGGAGAAGCUUGGAAAGAUGAAAUUAAUAGUGAAGGAGAAUUAGAUGAUGAAGAUUUAGAUAGUGAUGAUGUUGAUGAAAAUUUGGAUGGUAAAGUUGUAGUUGAAAAUUUUGAUGCAAAGAAUGGGAAUGUAAAUAAUAAAUUAAGUAAGAGGAAAACUAAAGAGGAAGAAGAAAUUGAAAUAGAAGUACCUGAGAAUAAUGAAGAAGAUGAUGAAACUGCUAGAGAAGAUGCUGGUCAUGUACGUGAUCCAUUUACCAUACAUUUUCGGAAUGAUUUAGAUCCAGAGUUGUAUCAAACGUUAACUACUGUACCUAUAUCUUUGAAAUCAGGAACAUUGAAAUGGUCAGUACUGGGCAAUGCUGUUUAUCAAAUACCACAAGUAAAAUCAAAAUUAGAUGAGCCAAUAGCAAAAAAAAUAAAAACUACUCUUCUUGACAAUAAAUGUUAUGCAGAGUAUGGUAAAGUUCCUCAGGUUAUAAAAAAAAUUGAUUUGAAUGAGUUAUAUGUAAAAUCUUCAAUACAAGGUAAUAUUACCAGAGCAAAUGAUGAAAAUAUAAAAGAUGAUUUGGAUACAGAUCCUAAACCACUGAGCCCUCUUCAGAAAGAAUUGUUUUCAAUAAUUAACAAUUAUCAAGAUUUACUCUAUGCAGAAAAAACAUUUGUUAAUGAAUCUCAAAUAAGAUUCAUCUAUUGUCUACAUGUGGUUAAUCAUAUACUUAAAAAUAGAACAAAGAUACUUCACCACAAUGCAAAGAUUCAGAAAGCAAAAUUAACAGACAUGGGUGAAAUUCCAGAGGAAUAUAGAGAUCAAGGACUUGUCAGGCCAAAAGUAUUAAUUCUUGUGCCAUUCAGACAUUCAUGUUUGAAGAUUGUAGAAAUACUUAUCUCAAUUUUUAUAGGUGAAGAUAAAGGUGGAUCUGUAAUCAACAAAAAGAGGUUUAUGGAAGAUUAUGGAGGUAGCAAGAUUAUUAUGCCUAAAAAAAAUCCAAAACCAGAAGAUUAUGAACAAACCUUUCAAGGAAAUACUGAUGAUACUUUUAAAAUUGGAAUAUCAAUUACCAAAAAAGCUUUGAAAUUGUAUUCAGAUUUUUAUUCAUCCGAUAUAAUAAUUUCAUCCGUUCUAGGAUUAAGAAUGACUAUUGGAGCUGAAGGAGAGGAAGAAAGAGAUUAUGAUUUUCUUGCUUCUAUAGAAUUAUUAAUCAUGGAUCAAAUGGAAAUCUUUUUCAUGCAAAAUUGGGACCAUCUUCUUCACAUUUUAGAACAUAUGCAUCUUCAGCCUAAGAAUUCUCAUGGUAUAGAUUUUGGGCGUGUAAGAAGUUGGUGUGUGAAUGGUUGGAGUAAAUAUUAUAGACAGACAUUGAUUUUUUCAAAUAUUCAUCUACCGGAAAUUCAUGGCAUAUUUAAUAAAAAAUGCUUCAAUUAUGCAGGAAAAGUAAAAGUAGUGAAUCCUACAUUGGUAGGCUCGGCUGCACAAGUUAUUCUUCAAAUACCACAAGUUUUUCACAGGUUUAAUGUGAAUGAUUAUUCUAAAGCUAUAGAUAUAAGAUUUGAAUUUUUCAUUACUAAAAUAUUACCACAGUACAGAGAUAGUAUUAUGAAUCAUACGUUAAUUUUUGUACCGUCUUAUUUCGAUUACGUAAAGCUUCGCAAUUAUUUCAGGAAAGAGGAAUUAAGCUUUGUGCAAAUUUGCGAAUACUCAAAACCGGCCAAAGUCGCGAGAGCCAGAGAUAUGUUCUUCCAUAGUGACGCACAUUGUCUUUUAUACACAGAACGUUUUCAUUUUUAUCACAGAAUACGUAUUAAGGGAAUCAGGCAUAUUAUAUUUUACGCUCCUCCAGCUUUUUCACACUUUUAUAGCGAGAUGUGUAAUUUGUUGCAAGAGGCUUAUCAAAAUCCUAAGUCUGGUUCAGCAAGCAACAUGACUGUUACCAUUAUCUAUUGUAAAUAUGAUAUUUUACCACUUUCGGCUAUUGUCGGUAGCGAAAGAGCAAGUAAAAUGGUAAACUCUGAGAAAACUGUACACAUGAUUAUGACGGAAAAAUAAUUAUUUGUAUAGUAUGUCUAUUUUGUACAUAAUAAACUGAUUUGGAUAAUAAAUAAUGUAUUUUUAUU